AUGGCGCCGCUCGAGGACACCUCUGGCGUUGUAGGCGCCACCACGUUGGACGCCUUCUCCGUGUCUUUCCCUGACCAAGUGGAGCAGGAGCUUGGCGAUGCGUACGGCGAGCCUCAUUGGACCAAUAUCAAGCGUGCUCUGGCCCGGCCGCCCGCGUUCACCGCCGUUCGAGUCAACACACUAAAGCUGUCGCUGGAGGAAGCUUUGCAGGCUUUGAAGCCUCAUCUGGACGGAUUCAACACCCAAUUGGCUGCUCUGGAUGCCAAUCGCCAGCCAAUUGAAGCCUUCGCCCAUGCGUCACUGCCCGACGUGCUGAUGAUCCCGUCGUCGCCCAGUGGACAGACCAUUGUCAAGUAUAACCCGGAAUUCAAGAGCAUCGUUGUGGACCGACUCUGCGCGACAUCUUCGCCCGAGGAGUCAUGA